UUCAAAAUGACCCCCACGGUCCCUUAGCAACCAUCCAUCACUUACACGACCCCUGGUGCCAAGCAUUGGUGGGGCGGCGCUCAGGAACUGCACCCAGCGGCCCCGGCCAUUCGGAUGGAAACGCCCCACACCCACACCCACCACCACCAGCGGCAGCGGGGCAUCGCCCAGAAUUGGACUUUGAUCGGAGCAAAACAGCAGCUCCACCGAGAACUUUCCUGUGUCCGGCAAAUGACGAAGUUUGUCCGCAUCUUUCCCCAGCUCCAUUUUCGUCACAUGCCGCUGUUUAUGGUUGCUCGUUGUUGUUGUUGUCGUUGUUAGCAGCAGCCUCCGAUUCGUUCUCUCAGUCACCACCACAUAACUACCUACAGUACCUAUCUACCUCUUCGGCCGAUCGAUCAACCGACCGACGAAACGAACGAACGGACAAUGGCGGCCAGCGGGAGCAUAUUCCAGUGCCUCCUGCGCACGUCGCAACAGAGCUUGGGAAAGAGGAUAAUCCUCCAAAGACAAACAGCAGCAGCCCACGCAGCAGCUGCGACGCGAUUCACGACAGCUAGACUCGGCAGAAACCCUGCCUCUAGUCCCCGCCGCCAAUUCACCACCUCGUCCACACGCCGACAGACUCAACAACCCGGCGAUGAUCCCAACUUUACUUCCAUCCUCGAUAACCCUCCCGAGCUUGUGCGGACCGGCAGGAGACAUGGCAAGGGGUUGAUUAUCCUGGCCAUCAUCCCCAUCACUGCCCUCUUUCUCGGAACCUGGCAAGUCUACCGACUAAAAUGGAAGACGGACCUGAUCGCCAAAUGCGAGGACCGCAUCAUCCGGGACCCUCUCCCCCUUCCCCCCCGCGUGGACCCGGCCGCCAUCGCCGACUUCGACUACCGCCGCGUCUACGCCGAGGGCGUCUACCGACACGACCAAGAGAUGCUGAUCGGCCCGCGCAUGCGCGACGGCGAACAAGGGUACAUGGUUGUUACGCCCCUGGAGAGGGGAGAUGAUCCGAGCUCCAAGGUGUUGGUCAACAGAGGGUGGGUGAGUAAGAAGUUUGCGGACCAGAGGAGCAGGCCGGAUUCCGUCAAGCAGGGCGAAAAGGUCCGUGUGGAGGGCAUGCUGAGAGAGCCGUGGAAGAAGAAUAUGUUCACGCCGGACAACAGGCCGGAUAUUGGCGAGUUUUAUUUCCCGGAUGUGAAGCAGAUGGCCGAGUUGACGGGCAGUCAGCCGGUGUGGAUUGAGCAGACUAUUGUUCCCGAUAUUAUCACCGUCUAUGACUACGAGGCGCGUGGUAUCCCUAUCGGUAGAGUCGCCGAGGUCAACCUUCGCAACAACCAUGCGCAGUACAUCUUUACUUGGUACGGUCUCGCUGCUGCCACCUCCAUCAUGUUCUGGCUCGUGGUCAAGAAGCCUGCGAACCAGAUUACCAAGCGCGUUCGCAUGAACAAGAGCUGGUAAACAUGAGUUUGUGAGUGGGCAGUGAUAGCUUUGCUUUGUCACACAUCAAUGGUAACAAACACUCUCACGUCACCUCUUCGUCUUCGCCGCCAACCCCAGCACGGCUAGAAGAGGCAGCCUUUCGGCGCUUCUUGACCGGAACAGGCGGCGUCAUCCUCAGUUCCUGGAGGAGCUCUCUGGGAAGGUAUCGUUGCGCCAAGGCAAACGGCGUGGUUUGUGCGUUGGUUUGACGUUGUCUAUGGAAACAAAAAUGUAAGUCAGUCCGUCGUGUACAAUAGCUCGAAAAAAGUGUACAAAGAACACUACACAGGAUAUAAACAAUCGGAUACCCAGGGAUCAAAGCAAAAGCGCCAAAACAUACCUCUUCAUCAAUGUAAGCAUAUCACUCAUAUCGAUAGUUUUGCGAUGGGCGUGCUUUGCGUACGCCGACAAGUCAUCUCCCAACUGCUCAAAGAACCAGUCCGAAGCCUGCAUGAUUGCCUUGAGCGCCUCAGGCGAGAUGUUUCCCUUCGCGCCGCUCGUCUUGGCGAAUGUUUGCGCCAGCCGCUUGAUCAUGGCCGGAGGUAAUGAUGUGUACUCGAUGCCGUGUUUGGAGAUCUUUUUGGUGGCUUUGAUCUUGGAGAAGCCCCCUCGUUCACCACCCUCUUCCCGAAACAAUCCGAGUUUCUCCCGCGCCGCCGAAGCUGAAAGUGAUACCCUCGCCGCCGUUGGUGUGUAGCCUGAUAAUCUCGUCAUCUCCUCAUCCGAGCCUGCCUGGCCCUGGUCGUCUUGGUUGUUAUCCAGAUCCAUGGCCAUACCGUCGUCGUUAUCAUAAUCGUCGUAUGCUGGUCCAACAUCAUUUCCGUCAUCGUCAUUGUUGUCGUAACUGUCGCUCCUCUGGUCCAUCAACUCCGCGAAACCUCCACCUUGGCCGCUUGUUGCCGCCGCUUCAGCAGCUUGACCCAUCUCAAACUGCCUCGUAGGCGAAGCAAUCAUAAACGUGCUCUCGUCCAUCCCCACCGGCACCUCAAUGUGGAAAUCACUAUCCCUCCCUCCAGCUCCCAGCAGCAGCCCCAUCCCUCCUUCCCCACCUAUCGUCUCCCGUCUCCUCGUCUCGUCCGAGUCCAGCCUGCUAAACUCAUCCGGUAUCCUAUCCUCGGCAUUUCCAAAGUCGUCCUCAUCAAUUGCAGCAGGCGGAAAGAACCCCGAAUCGAUCCCAUCACUCUGUUGUUGUUGUUGCUGUAGCUGCGGGAAAUCACUCAACCGCCCCAUCGAAUCCCUCAUCCUUUGUUGAUCCUUCUCCGGAUCCACCCGUCUCGGCAACUCGAUACUCUGCACCGUAAAGUUCUCCGUCAGAUCUUCGAGUCCUGCACUCCGAUGUGGUUGCGGCAGUUCAUCAUCAUCUUCCCAAUCAUCGCCCUCCCCAUCCCCCACCCCUAAGCCCAAGCUGAGUCUCGGCCUCUUAGGCAACUCCUCCUCCUCGUCGUCCUCAUCUCCAUACCUACUCCGCGUGGAUAUGUCAAAGGUCAACUCCUCCGACGUGUCCCCCUCCUCUUGCUCUUGUCUUCCCCCAGCAGCAGCAGCAGCAGCAGAUCCAGAAAGCGCCGAAGCAGGACUCGAACUACUACUCGGGAUCCUCUCACUCUUGGGCGCCAAGACUUUGCCUAACUGCAGCAGGAAAUUACGCGGGGUCUCGCGGGCUUCGCGCAACGAGCGCCGGCGCGCGUGGUGAGGCGUGAGGAUGGCGGCGCGUCGGGAGUCGAUGGCGCGGUAGGCGGCGCGGACGUGCGGGGUUGCGUUGGGGUUGGGAGUGUUGUGUGCGGAAAGGAGGAGGCCGCGGGGGGUGCGGGCGCCGGGGGUGUAUGCGCGGGCGUUGGGGCCGGGGGUGUAGGCUCGUGGGAGAGCUGGUACGACGGAGAGGCCGGGAGUGGC